GUAGAAGUAGAAGAGGAGGAGGUAGAAGUAGAAGCGACUCCGGAGUAGUCCUGCAGCCGCAGGCACACGGUCUAGACGGUCGACAUGGUGGAGUGUGCGGUUGUUGGAUGUAAACCGGACCCUGGAGCUUCCUUCCACUACCUACCCAAGCACCCCGCUAUACUGGCCAAAUGGCUGGAGUUUAUAUACCGACACCAGGCUCACAUGCCCACGAACCUGCAGGGGCUGCGGAUCUGCCACGCUCAUUUCAGUGAGGAGUGUUUCCACAACUUCAUGCCCAGGUUGCUGGGCUUCCACAAGAAGCUGCUGCUGAAGGCGGACGCGGUGCCGACGGUUCGUCCUGCGGCGGCGGCAGCGGGCGGCGGCCAGGCGUCCACAUCUUCUAGUGAUCCUUCUACCAUGGAACGCAUCGGAAAAAAUAUUGCCUGUCAGCAAGCAAGCCUCCAAGUACAAAACAGCAGAACCACAAUGGUCCAGUUGGUUUCUCCGGCAGGGAUUGUACUUCUAACUCCCACGUUACCUAUGCUACCUCUGUUUGUCUCUUCUAGUGACCUCAUCUCACCUGCUCUUCUAGGGCGUCCGUCAGGACGCCCUAGUGAUCUGCCUACUGCUAGAUGCUCUGAAAGUGAGUCUAAAACAAACAGCGUUGCCUGUCAGUAUGUCAACCUCCGAGUGCAAGAAAAAGGGACAUACAUGUACACCCGGCCUACCCGUACAAAAAGCAAAGGCAUUCAAGUUAAAGUACGCUGCAAGGACGCCGAUGUAAAUGCAAACGAGAAACGCCUUGCAAAGUUGGAAAGCUCAGAAACACAGCAUGUUAUUGAUGAAGAGUCCAUCUUGGAGCUGCUAAAGUACUGCCCUAAAUGCAACAGACAAUGCCGCUGUACAAAAAAAACCAAAGGCGUCUACUUCAUCGUCAACCAGAGCUGCUAUUUCUGCGAGUACCGCCGCAAAUGGGCCAACCAGCCAGAGGCUAAAGACAUCCCAAUCAGUUCCUGUCGGCGAAAACAGCAGAAGAAGAAACGGCCCCAGUUGGACAAAGUGUCUGUAAACAUUUCCAUUCAACCAUCAGAUCUUAAGGAAUGUUAUGUGGUCUUGGGUCACCCGUGCCCAAUUCCAAAUGACCAAUAACACAGCAGAGAAUCGUGACCAUCCCCUACGUUUCAGAUUAUCUGUUGCAUCGGCUUUCAACCCGUUACGCAGCCUUAAGAGGAUACAGGGAAACAAACGUGUAAAUAUUACGGACAGUGCUUGAGCCGCGUAUAAGUGGACGUGUUUGUUCAUGUCCAAGAUGAGAAAUGCUGAGGUUGAGAAAUAAAGUGGUUUUGUCUUA